CCGACGUACAGCUUGGAGCCGGGCGCCGCGCGGCAUCCACCAGUGACGUCACGCUAAUGCUUAGCGACCGGUCCAUUGGAAAUCGCGGGAUGAUUCUACCUCUCUUGUACGGCCUUGAGAGUUAGGACUUUUUAUUUGAGUGAAGGACUUUUUAGUGCCCUGUUAGCUUUUUGCUCUGGUGAAGUUUGUGCACUAAAUCAACCUGCCCAAAAGCUAGUUGUUGCUUAUAUGUCAUUCAUCUCAAGCAGAGGUUGAAUAACAGGUUGAUUUUUGUUUUGCUUUUAAUACAGAAAGAUGGGUUUAUGCAAAUGCAGUAAGAGGAAAGUUACUAAUCAGUUUUGUUUUGAGCAUCGAGUGAAUGUAUGUGAAUAUUGUAUGGUUAACAACCACCCAAAGUGCAUAGUGCAGUCCUACCUGAAGUGGCUAGAGGACAGUGACUGUGACCCGAAAUGUCCACUGUGCAAGGAAGACCUAAAGGACCACCCUUGUGUCCGGCUCACCUGCUACCACGUGUUUCACUGGUCAUGUCUGAACGCGGCGGCGCUGCAGCUGCCGGCCAACACGGCUCCGGCCGGCUACCGAUGUCCCUGCUGCCCGGCGCCGCUCUUCCCGCCAGCCAACAUGGUCUCCCCCGUGGCGGACGUGCUCCGUGAGCAGCUGCAGAAGGUCAACUGGGCGCGCGCCGGGCUCGGCCUGCCCCUGCUGGACACCCCGGCCAGCUUCAGUGAGCCACCACCGCCGGUUGAACCGGCCGCCAGCGUGCCGACGCCAACAGCAACACCUCACGCGUGGGAGCACGAGCCGCCGGCACGAAAGGACAGCAGCGUGGUACAGAUGGAGUCGGGCAGCGCCUUCCACCGCGAGCUCAGCGCUGCAGCGGCGGAGAACCGCCGAUUCCUGGAGGAGAGUCGCAGCCUGCUGGACUCGGACAGCUCGGAGAACAAGUACCGGCGCCGCUCGGCGCUGGAAUGGUUCCAGCGCUGGUGGAGGCUAAUGAGCGGUCCGCCGUCCCGGCCGCGCGCCGGCGCCAUCUACCGGCGCUAUCUGAUGGUUCUAGUUCUGGUCGUGGUGGCGCUGGUAACGUUCGUCUCGGCUAUGCGCUGGCUGGCGGCCGGCUCAAGUUCCGACGACGACCCCAUGUUCGACCCGCACUUCAACCCCAACAUCCACGUGCGGGAAUAGAGACAUACCUCCUGGCGACUGACUCGGCUGAGGGAGUGACGAUCACGUCAUCAUCCGUUAAAUCCAAUGACGUCAGUCGUCAGCUGUUGUGCGUCGGUUGGUCCGUGGUCUUUGUUGCUCGGUUGCUGCGGGAAUCCAUCCCGGGUCGAUUUGCUUCCGUUCCUUGGGUGGGGAGAAAGUAUUUCCACUAUGUUCUAUUAAAAGAUUAGAGCUGCAGAGUGCAGACUGCAGAUAUGCUAGCGUGUAGGUAUGCAUGCUCGACGAAGGCGGAAUACGACGUGGAUUCGAACAUGGAUUCGGUGCGUAAUGUGAUACACCGAGUCGUAUACAGUGGUUUAUAUUUGUUGUUUGUUUAUAUUUAACUUAGAUGAGUGGGAGAGGGAGGGUGGGUAAGGACUAUUUGGGGUGCUGCUACGUUAGUGUGUAUACGUGUUUGAGGAGAAUGUGAAGCCUCUGGACGGUUACCAUGGUUACGUCGUCUGGUUACCUUGGCUACGACCGAUGGAAUGCACCCAGUUUAUGGCGGACGGCAAAUAUAUUAUUUUAAUCGUAA